AAAAAAGUCGAGUGUUAAUUGUCAUCUUCAUAUUCCAGAGUACAAAAUAGGCUGCGUACUUCAUUAAUAUCUUUUUCUCCAAUGCAGACUGUAAAUGCGUGGAAAUUCCCAGGAGGUCUGUCUAAUCCUGGCGAAGACAUUGGAGACACGGCAGUUCGAGAGGUUUUUGAAGAGACUGGCAUCAAGUCCGAGUUCAAGUCCAUCCUCAGCAUAAGGCAGCAACACAAACACCCCGGAGCCUUCGGGAAGUCGGACAUGUACAUCAUCUGUCGCCUGCAGCCCUCCUCCUUCAGCAUCAAUUUCUGCCAGCAGGAGUGCUUGCGGUGUGAGUGGAUGGACCUCGAUGAGCUUGCCAGGACGAAACAUGCUACUCCCAUUACAAGCAACGUAGCUAAGCUGUUACUUUACGGAUACCGGGAAGGGUUUGAUAAAAUUGAUAUAACCAUGAGAGAGUUUCCAGCUGUUUACACAGGCCUCUUCUACAAACUAUACCACAGGGAGCUGCCCGAAUCCUACAGAAAUAUUACAUGAUAGCAACAAAUUUCACAUUAUUAUAUUAAUAAUUUAUGAUUUUUAUUGUAGAGUUACUUAGACCAUAUUAAAAUUAUUCACGGACUUCUUAUUUUUAGAAAAAAAAUCAGUAUUUAUUCUCGAAAAAGCUACAGAUAUAUAAAUUAUUUUAAAUGGCAAGUUCUCCUGUUAGCGUGCAUCAGAUUAGUUUCCCUUUCCUCCGUAAAGUAAAUAUAAAGUAAAUAAAAUAGCUCUAUAGAAAUCUCUA